UUUUUUCCGUGUAUAGUGUAGUAGUAGUUCGUUUUUUUUUUUUUUUUUGAUGUAGUAUUUAGUAUACAAAUAAAUGUUUUUGUUUUGGUGAUUAACUAGUAAUAUUCUUACAUGUAUAGCAAGAAAACAAUUUCAAUAUGAAAAAAGACGUGAAAAAAAGUUCGUACUACGUGUGGUUCCUCGGAGCUCAGGAAUGCAAAAAUGUGAGAGAUGUAGAAAGCAUCAUUCCUGUUAUAUCAACAUUGGCAGAAAGGGAAAAGAAAGUCACUCCUUAUAAGUUUACACUUCAAGUUAGUCACAGAGGAUUAAAAAUAGUCCAUAAUGUCUCUGCUUUGACAUCGUUGCCCGGAGGUAAAAGUUCGAAAAGUGAUUUAGUAAAACACCUGAUCCCUGAUCACGCAAUCACUUGUGUUCAUCAAGAUGAAGACCUCGUAGCUGUGAUUCUACUCCUUUACAACCCCGUUACCAAAUGGCCCGUACAUGUGCAUGUUUACCGAUGUGAUUCUAUAGAAACAGCAACUUUACUUUCCGGACAGUUGCAAAUGCUCAUUGACCGACCUGAAAACAAAAAGAAACUUAAUGAGAUAGAGUUAAGACUGAUGAAAACCGAACCACUGAGUAAUAGAAAUGAAAGGAAAAGAGAAUCGCCUCUGUCAUCAUCGUCCGAAAGUGGAGUUCCGGGAGCGGGGAAUAUGACAACCCUGUACGAUUCUCUAGCGGCUGAAUUGAAAAAAAAAUUGGGCACGGGAGGAAAGACUGGUGGAGCCCCGAUAUUGUUGCCACCUAGGGACUACGACACUGUACACAGACAUAGAGGCAAUUUGAACGGUAUUGAUUUCAGACGAUGUAUGAGCUCUAAUAUUGUUGGUGUAAACGGGACAAAACAAGAAUUCCGGAGAUCCGGUACGAAAAUGGGAUCUAGCGGUGGAUCUAGUGGCAUUGGGUCAGAUCACGCACCCAGUCCAGAACAAUAUGAACCAGAAAACAGAUAUGCAGAUAAUAAUUCUUCUUCAGAUGAUGACUGGAAUACAAAUCCAUUAGAAGAACCUUUGUUUGUAAAAUCAAUGAAUGAUCAUCCACUACCCAGAAUACGGAGACAAGAUAGUGGCGUGGACAGCAGCAGUAGUCCAGUGACCUCUCCAGAAAAAGAUUAUUAUGGAAAAACAGAGCAUAUAAAUCCAUCCAAUUUUAAGCGUCAAAACCAAAACAUUGCACCAAACCUUAGAGAAAAAUAUUCAGAUCGUAAUGUCGCAUUAGUCCAACCGAGACCGAGAAACUGUGAAAUGACCAAAACCUCUAUAACACCCACAACAUCAGAAUUCAGACGAAAACCCGUGGAAAUUCGUCAGAGAACUCCAUCUCCAAAUGAUUCUAUAAUCAAUGAAUCUCCCCGAGAACGAUUCAAGGAUGCUAAAGAAAAGUUCCUUAUGCUAGAAAAAGAACGGAUCGAUGAGCAACGGUCUGCUCUAAAAAAAUGUUUAGAACGCCAAAGAAAAGAAAACGCUAUGCCCAUGAUAAGAGCAGCAGUCAGAGACUCGAGUGAUUGGUCAAAAGAACACGGUUCUGAUGAUGAAAUUGACAGUAAUCGGUAUAAUAAUGAUGAUUUUGAUGAUAAAAGAUUGAAAAAUAUUAAAAGAACAAACCGAUCGAGAGAAAGUUUAGAUUAUCACAAUGCUGGUUAUUCAAAACCUACUUCCUCCAAUAGAAGAUCCAGGAACUUGCAGAACGAACACGAUGAGCCGCGGCCGGCGCCCAGGAGCUACUCGACAGAGGAUUAUGUGGACCACAAACCGAGACGGUCUCCGCUGGGAGACCGGUACAAAAGCCCACAACGCCGGACGGUAACGGAAGCGGCGCCCAGGGCCGCGCCGAGACGGAACCAUUUCGGCGACUCGCAGCCGUCACAGCCACGACCCACGUCGUCGACGUCGUCGUCGUCACGCGCCAACGAUUACAAACGACGUUCAGCGGCGUACGCGUACGAGGACUGCAGCGGCGACGGCGGCUGUUGUCCGCCAAGCUACGGCGGCUGCAGACACGACGCGUCGCCGGACGGCCGGACCGCGGACGAGGACGGCCUGUCGUCGCCGCCACCGUUGGCCAGCCGUGAGUACAAGCGCCGGUCGGCGGCGUACGCUUACGAGGAUCAUCAUCAGCAGGAAUUCGGCGCCGGCGGUUACGGCAGACCGCGGGACAUGAUGGUGGUGGCCGACAAGCGGGCCGCGGUGCACGAGGAUACCGUGGCCGCGCCCGUUUCGCCCAGGUACAGACACAGCUACGCGGAGGCCUACCACAGGCACAACCACAACCACAACCACAACCACAACCACCAUCACCAGCACCAGCACCACCAGCAGUAUGCGCCGCAGCCGCCGCCGCCGUCGUCGCAGGACCCGGUGUACCGUCACAACGGUUCGUUACAGCCGUCCGGCCGUAUCGGUAUCGCGGCGAUACAUCCUUACUGAUAUUGUGUACAUCGACGUACGUCCAGCAGACACACUCGCACGUGUUUACACAUGAUAACACACCACCACCCCUCCCAACCCACCACGGUCCCGUGAUCACAGUAUAUCAUAUAAAUUUAUUACUGCGGGAAUCGGACUUUCCGAAAUUAUAAUACUGUUCGUUUGUACGCGUGUAUCACGUUGCCGUAUUUCGAUGGUGUGUCUUCUGUUCUAUAUAUUUUUUUCUCUACCAAUAUUUUCUGUUAACACCACGUGCCUUUGUUCUGCUGCGUACACACACGUUUACGGUGGUCGAAAAAACUUUUCAAAAAUAAUUUUCGUAACGUAAACAUACACGCGCUGCGUCUAACCCCACGGCCAACACGACGGUCGUAGGAUUUUUCACGUAUUUAUAGGCAUUUUCAUUGCGUUAUACCGUAGUGGUACGAAUAACUUUGCUCAGUUACAUUUUAAACGCGUUCGAACGCGACGGACCUAAUACGUAACAGGUGCGUGUGCUCACACAUAAUAAUGUAUUAUUAUCGAUUGUUAAGUAUCCGGUUCGUUGCAUGCGCUCAUAAUUUCAUCACUCGAGACAUUCAAAGCACUCACAGCUCCCGUGCGUUACCUCCGUUUUUCGGAAUCUCCACACAAUAAUCGCGUAUCUGCGUUGUGAUUACAUAUUUUACACGUAAACACAGCAAAAAACGCGUAAAUCAAAUCAAAAAUAAAUAAAUAAAUGUUUAAUGAGAUGUUGUGGUUCUGCCGAUUUAAAUAAUGCUCUAGCGUGCGUGCAACGAGGUUCGGUGCGCGACAAAUUUCGCCACAAUUUCCGACGUUCGUAAACGGAGAGUGGUCAAGACACGGAAGAAACUGUACAUAAUUUACCUGUAGCAUAUUUACCUAUUGUUUGUGAAAUUAACACAAUCUUUUGACUGUAUCUGUCUUUACAAUUUUUUUUUUCUCUUACAAAGAAAACAUAUUUUUAUUUUGCGUUAAA